AUGAACGACGGUGCCCCGGUCGUCACACUGGCCUCCACCCUCCGCCUUGUGCUCCCCCAGGCCGUCGAACGCAAACGUUCGGAGGCACGUUUGUUUCCGGAGGUCAAAGGGCAUGCCAGUCUGAUCGUUGUCGCACCGGCCACCGCGAUGCCACAACGGCGCCCGGCGCCCUCUUCGCAGUCUCCAGCUCCCUCCGAAGGCCCGCGUCACCUUCCAGCACUCCCAUUCUACCCUUUUCGAUGCGCGUUUGCCUUCCGUGGCGAACGACUGCACCCCGGACCUCCCCUGCAACAUCGAGCGCCGGUCGCUCGACCAGGACCUCCCUCGCACACUCAAACACAAGUUUGCCCAGCACUGCUCGGGCAGUCCUGCCGUCCGCGAACGACCCACCGCCGUCCCGCUCUCGUCGACGCUGCCUCGCGUUCGCCCUCUGCAGCGAACAACCGCACCUCGAUCAUCUCACCAGUCACCGCGGUGCAACGACUGCGCCCGGCUCCCCCCUCGCAGUCUCCAGGCCCCGACGCUGGCUCGCGUCACCUCCCAGGACCAUCCCCCGAUCCUCUUCGAUCUGUGGAGGCCCUCCGCAGUAAACGACGGCACUGCGGUCCUCAUGCCGGCCACCGCGGUCCAACGACCAUGCCGACCUCGCUCCUCGCGGUCUCCAGGCCCCGACGCUGGCCCGCUAAUAAGCAUAACGGGCCCGCGACUAAGCAUAACGGCCUUGCGACUAAGCAUAACGGCCCGCGACUAAGCAUAGCGGCCGCCCCUCAGCGUAACGGCUCCGCGAUUAAGCAUAACGGCCAGCGGGGCGUGGGAAAGCCGUCGCCCAACAAGCGCCGCACCACGUUCCCUUGGCGACACCUCCAACCUCCACCUCGCGCUCCCCCACGUCGUCGAACGCAAACGUUCGGCGGCGCGUUCGUUCUAGGAGGUCGAAGGGCACCCCCACCUCCUCGUUGUUGCACCGGCCACUGCGGUGCGACGAUGCCGCCCCCCCCCCCCCCCGUACUCCCGCACUCCCCUCCCACCUCGGUCCCCCAUCCUCCUCGUUCGCGCAGGGAGCCAACACGCGGACAGCCAGGCGACACCGCGCAGCUGCACGAGGUUGACGGCCUCGCGCUCGCACUCCCACACUCCCCUCACACGUCCACCCUCCACCCUUUUCGUUCUCGUGGGGAGCCGACACGCGUACGGCGAAGCGACAUCGCGCGGCUGCGCGAGGUCGACAGACCUGCACUCGCACCGCACCGCCGCCUCGCACUCCCCUCGCCCCUCGCCCCUCCAUUCUCCAACCUCCUCGUUCACGAAGGAAGCCGACACGCGGACGGCAAGGCGACACCGCGCGGCUGCGCGAGGUCGACGGCCCUGCCCUCGCACUCUCACACUCACCUCACACCCAUCCAGCCUUCUCGUUCGCGCGGGGAGCCGACACGCGGACAGCGAGGCGACACCGCGCGACUGCGCGAGAUCGACGGUCUCACCAUCGCACCGCCGCCUCGCACUCCCCUGGCCCCUCGCUCCUGCGCAUUUGUGCUCCAUGGCGAACGACUGUGCCCUGGACCUCCCCUGCAACAUCGAGCGCCGGUCGCUCGACCAGGACCUCCCUCGCGCACUCAAACGCAACGCGUUUGA